CCGCCUCUGAAUCCGGUUCCUCGUGAGCGUCCCCACCCCACGGCGACGGCUUCUCUUUGGUUCGUUGCCAGCGUCAAUCAAUCAAUCGAGGUGGCGGAACGGCUUCUUCGGUGGGUAUUCCGGCCUGUUCCUGGAGCCACUGAGGGACGGUGUGUCAGCUGACUCGAGCUCGUGUUAGCUGAAUCGAGCUACGUUAAUCAUGCCAGCAACAAUCUAGAGAUCUUCGUAAACAAAGAACUGCGGGCACUGGAGAUCUGAAUCAAAAACAGAAGUGGUUGACAAAACUCUGGUCUGGUGGCAUCGAUGGGGAGAAAACAGAAUUAAUGUUUCGAGUCAGGUGACUGCUCAUCAGAAUCCUGAAGAAGGUUCAUAAGUCUCUACCAACAGAUGAUUAAUUACUCAGCCAGUUACUAAUAAGCCUACAACUCAACAGUCACCGCAGGAUGAGCAGGAAAAGCUUCUUGAUGAAGCUGUUCAGACUGUUAAGGUCCAGUCUUUCCAGAUGAAGCGAUGCUUGGACAAGAAUAAAUUGAUGGAUGCACUAAAACAUGCUUCAAAUAUGCUUGGUGAAUUACGAACUUCAAUGCUGUCACCAAAGAGUUAUUAUGAGCUCUACAUGGCCAUUUCAGAUGAAUUGCACUAUUUGGAAGUUUAUCUGACUGAUGAGUUUGCUAAGGGAAGAAAGGUGGCUGACCUGUAUGAACUUGUUCAGUAUGCAGGCAACAUCAUUCCAAGACUCUACUUGCUCAUCACUGUUGGAGUUGUCUACAUUAAGUCGUUUUCCCAGUCAAGGAAGGAUAUUCUUAAGGAUCUGGUGGAAAUGUGUCGUGGGGUGCAGCAUCCAUUGCGAGGGCUGUUCCUCAGGAACUACCUACUUCAGUGCACUAGAAAUAUUUUGCCGGAUGAAGGAGAGGAGACUGAGGAAGUUGUAACUGGAGAUAUCAAUGACUCCAUGGACUUUGUGCUGCUGAACUUUGCAGAAAUGAACAAACUCUGGGUACGCAUGCAGCACCAGGGUCACAGUAGAGACCGUGAAAAACGUGAACGUGAACGUCAGGAGCUGCGAAUCCUAGUUGGUACAAACUUAGUCCGGCUUAGUCAGUUGGAAGGAGUUAAUGUAGAAAGGUACAAACAGAUUGUGUUAACUGGAAUAUUGGAGCAAGUUGUAAACUGCAGGGAUGGUUUGGCUCAGGAGUAUCUCAUGGAAUGUAUUAUUCAGGUGUUCCCUGAUGAGUUUCAUCUGCAAACGCUGAAUCCAUUCCUUCGCUCUUGUGCAGAGCUCCAUCAAAGUGUUAAUGUCAAAAACAUCAUCAUUGCAUUGAUUGAUCGGUUGGCUUUGUUUGCGCAUCGUGAAGAUGGCCCUGGAAUCCCUGCUGAUAUAAAACUAUUUGAUAUCUUUUCUCAACAAGUAGCUACAGUUAUACAGUCAAGACAAGAUAUGCCAUCUGAAGAUGUAGUAUCUUUACAAGUAUCGCUGAUCAAUCUGGCCAUGAAAUGUUACCCUGAAAGGGUGGACUAUGUUGAUAAAGUUCUUGAAACAACUGUAGAGAUCUUCAACAAGCUUAAUCUUGAACAUAUCGCUACUAGCAGUGCAGUUUCUAAAGAGUUAACUCGGCUUUUAAAGAUUCCCAUUGACACCUACAACAACAUCCUGACUGUAUUGAAGUUGAAACACUUCCAUCCUUUGUUUGAAUAUUUUGACUAUGAGUCACGCAAAAAUAUGAGCUGUUAUAUACUAAGCAAUGCGCUUGAGUACAACACCGAGAUAAUUGGACAAGAACAGGUUGAUGCAAUACUAAACCUGGUGUCGACAUUAAUUCAGGAUCAACCAGAUCAGCCAGCAGAAGAUCCUGACCCAGAAGAUUUUGCUGAAGAACAAAGUCUCGUUGGUAGAUUUAUUCAUUUAUUUCAAUCUGAAGAUCCUGACCAACAGUAUCUGAUCUUAAACAGUGCCAGAAAACAUUUUGGUGCUGGUGGCAAUCAAAGGAUUCGUUUCACUUUGCCGCCGUUGGUUUUUUCUGCCUAUCAGCUGGCCUUCUGCUACAAAGAGAAUUCAAAAGUGGAUGAAAAAUGGGAAAAGAAAUGCCAGAAGAUAUUUUCUUUUGCCCACCAGACUAUCAGUGCCCUCAUUAAAGCAGAGCUUGCAGAGUUGCCUCUCCGUCUAUUUCUGCAGGGAGCACUUGCAGCUGGGGAUAUUGGAUUUGAGAACCAUGAAACUGUGGCUUAUGAGUUUAUGUCACAGGCAUUUUCUCUGUAUGAAGAUGAAAUCAGUGACUCCAAGGCACAGCUAGCAGCAAUCACAUUGAUAAUUGGGACAUUUGAACGCAUGAAAUGCUUCAGUGAGGAGAACCACGAGCCUUUGAGGACACAAUGUGCAUUGGCUGCUUCAAAGUUGCUUAAGAAGCCAGAUCAAUGUCGUGCUGUUAGCAUCUGUGCUCAUUUAUUUUGGUCUGGGCGGAACACUGAUAAGAAUGGAGAGGAGAUUCAUGACGGCAAGCGAGUGAUGGAAUGCCUUAAGAAGGCUUUGAAAAUAGCCAAUCAGUGCAUGGAUCCAUCGCUACAAGUACAGCUCUUCACUGAAAUCCUUAAUCGAUAUAUUUACUUUUACGAAAAAGAAAAUGAGGCGGUGACUAUUCAAGUUUUAAAUCAGCUUAUUCAAAAAAUAAGGGAAGAUCUCCCAAACUUGGAAUCCAGUGAAGAAACUGAGCAAAUUAACAAACACUUUCACAACACGCUGGAGCAUCUGCGUCUGAGGAGAGAAUCACCUGAAGCUGAUGGACCAAUUUAUGAAGGUCUUGUCUUGUAGCUGAGCACUACACAAGUUAUAAAGAUUCCAGAAAACAAAAUUAAAAUCACUAUUACACCUCCUCCUUUUCUGUAGUGGAUGGUUAUAGAACGUGCCUUUUAGACAUGCCAAGACAAUAGGAAUGCAUUGAAGUGUAUCAUUCAUAGAAUAUUCUACCCAUUGACUAUCUAAUUUCAAGGAAGCCAUUCCUUUGAUUUCCGCCAGUAAAACUAAAAAUCUUUUAGGAUGUCAUUUAAGAGAUUGUUUGUUUGUUUGUUUGUUUGUUUGUUUGUUUUAUCUAUUGCAGCAUGACUUGGAUUUACCUUACUUACAUAUUUCAAUUUGAGCAGAAAGGUAACCAUACUAAUCUGUUUUAAACUAAAUUGUCCUGCAGUUUAAUUGUAAAAUUCCUACAUCUGAAUGUCUAAAAGUUAGCUGUUUCAGCAAACCUCUGUUGCAGUUUACCACGUUAUGUUUGUGAGUCAAUUAAUUUAAAAGGCAGUAGUUUAUUUCAGCUGAAUAUCUGUACUUGAAAUCUUUUCUCCUGAAGCUGGAAGUUAUAAAAUAUCCUGUUGGAUUGAACAUUAAUUGUUUAAGGGGAGUAAGUAUGCAGAUUAGAUCAAAUAGGUUAACAGGUCCAAUUACCUCCAUACACACUAACGAUUAUAACUAUUUGAUUUUAUAAUUGACAAAUUCUAGUUAAUUAUAAAGCUAGAAAUAACACAUGCACAAUUUACAUGCAAAGAUUAACAGUUUCAGAAUUUGUACUCAGUAUGUUAGAAGCAAACUUUCUAUAUUAAUUGCUCUCUUAAUUGUUCCUAAUGUUUAAAAGAAUAAUCUUUUCUCUUAGGAUUCCAGAGAUCUAUAACUGUACCACACUAAACUAGAAUGGGGGAAAAAAAACUCAUUGUGUAAAUUAGAAAUGUUAUCCAAUGUGUUGUAAUAUGUGGAACAAAUUAGCCAGUUGACAUUAGUGUACUGGAGCUCAGGUCAAAAUUCUGAAGCUGGCAUUAAACUAAUUAAAACUAGUCUUUUACUAGCUUUAUUUUGCAAAACUAGCUGAAGUUUGCCUUACUGAGUUAAUAAAGAACAGUGCAAGUAAUUAGCCUCUACUUUUUACUGGACACAAUAUGUAUGAUAUCUAAAACAGAAUCUGGUGAACCUUUUCAGCUUUUUGUCGUCCAAGAAACCAAGUUAAUUUUAUAGUAGUAUUAAAACUUAAGAACAUGCAAGUUCACACUGACUUUCUACUUGCCAGUUUUCAAGUUUGGUUUAUCUUGUCAUGCACAAAAUCCCAGAGUUCAGAUUCUUUCCAGUAUGUAAUUUAGCUAUACAGACCAAGAAUAUUAAUAGUUUGUUCAGUUAUUUCCCUACAUGAACAAUGGUCAAAAUUCUGCUGUUAAGAGGCAUUCUGUAUUAGGGAAUUAAAAAUAAGGCAAUGUCUUGAUUUAAGUAACUUCCAUUAUCUCUGCUGGAAGUGUACCUUUUUGACUUGAGUGCAAGCAACCUGAAUGGCUAAUGCUUCUAUGGUCAGAUAACUUAAAUAUUCACCGUGGAUGCUUGCACACGAUCAUUGCACACUUUGGGUUACUGGAAGAUGACUAGACUCAUUUACCAUAACCUCUAACUAGUAACCAGCUUUAGAAGAGUUGCGAAAAUAGGGAAGGGAAAUACCAUAAAGUACAUCCUUUUUCAUUAAUGUAAUUGCAAGUAUUAAUGUGUAAAAUAUAAAUGUCAAUGUGGUAUAAUAUUGACAACAUAGCUGCUGUUUUGACUAACUUUAAAUAAUGUGCGCAGCUGAAUGAAAAUAGUUUCCAUAUGUUUCUUGAACACCAGGAAGAAAAUAAUGCUGAGAGCUAUAUGAAUCUUAUACUUAUUCUGAAGAAUUGGUUGGAGGUGGUAAUCUGUUUGUAACAAGUCCAGCUUUUGUACUGAUUGACCAAAUUAUAAAGGUUGUCUUCCAAGUUAUGCAUUAUACUAGCAGAUGUGAUGUUCUCUUUGGUGACUUCUUAUUGCAGCCAUUUUGCAUAUAAUGUGUCAAUUCCUGUAAAUCUGUUUAAUCGCACAUCUUGUGUGACAGUUCAUAACCCAGCAAUUUGUUGCUGGCUGUUCUAAUCCCUGUUUGCCACCUAAAAGAUAAAAGGGUUUUGUGUUGUAAUUAUUUUGACAAAAUACCAAAUGGCAUACUAUGGAGAGAAUUUUUUAGCUUGAGAUUACAAAAGAAAAUGUACCCCACUGUAUUGUCAACCUUUCUCGGACAAGUGACGAAUAGACCAGUUUCUAUAUUGUCGACCUGCAACAUGUAUUGAUUAGCAUUUUGUAUCUGUCUGAUUUGAAGUUUUUUUUCCACAGUCCACUCAAGUUGUUCAUUGAGAACCAUUUGUAAAAUUUGGAAGCUAAAUUCUCAAAUCAAAGAAUUCAUAUGUUUGACCUGAAGAACAACUUUUUGUUUAAAGGUUUCUAAUUGUCUGACUGUCUCAAAAUGGCACACUUUGGGAUCUGCACUCUACUUGACAUCAGUUAAGCAAGUGAGCUAGGUGAGAGACUUCUCGCUCAUUUUAAUGGUAGAGAAGUCUUGAUUAGCAGGAUGAGAAUUACCCAACAUACACUGCUUUCAGUGAAUUAAUGCCCUAAUUGUUUUAAGUUUGUCAUUUUCCUUAAUUUGUGAAAACUGUUGCAUUAUUUUAGAUAUUGAUAUUGCUUCUCUAGAAAGCUUACUCAUGCUGUAAGUGUAGUGGUAUUGUUGAAUUCUAUAGUAGUUGUAAAGACUUUAUUCUAAAACUAGGCACAUCACGUACUUCAUGUAAAAUCUUGAGCUGCUAAGUUGAUAAAAGGGUGGUGUUUGCUGUAUUCAGAGGUUUAUGAUGUAUUUGUAUACAUGUAUCCUUGCAACCAAGCAUGUAUUCAUUUCCCCAUUUGAGAAAUGAAAUAUACUUUUUGAAAUCACUGUAACAUACUUGUAAGCUUUAUAAUUCCUUUGUAAAUUAACUGGAGUAUUAUGGUCAAUGUAUUCAACAAGAAACCUAUUAAAAUGCUUGACCAAG